AAGCGUUUAUAUAUAUAUAUGUUUAUAUAGAAGAAAAAAAAAGCCUGCCGUUUGGUAUCGAUCCUCAGAUGUUCGCUUCUUCCAGCAACUGACCCUCAUUGAGAAAGAGCUGUCACUCAUCGGCGAAGGGCGGAUCUGUGAAGAAUAAGAGCUGCCAAGGCAAGGACCUGAGAGCAAAACAGAAACCCUCUCGGUGGAGCUGAAGGUCUACCUACCCACCCAGACCCAAAGCUUCACACGUUACUCCCGACGCCAAUGUUGUUACCCACCAUGGGACGCUAUCGCCUUCUCGCUGCCCUGCUCCUCGCUGCCCUGCACCAGGCUUGUACCUCUGGGGUGUUUGAGCUGAAGCUGCAGGAGUUCAGCAAUCGCAAAGGGCUGAGUGGGAAUGUGAAUUGCUGUCGAGGUGGUUCCGCUUCCAACUACGGGCUGCCCUGUGAGUGUAAAACUUUCUUCCGCGUGUGCCUGAAGCACUACCAGGCGAACAUCACCCCUGAGCCGCCAUGUACUUACGGAAGCGCCCUGACCCCGGUGCUGGACCCCGGCUCCUUCUCCAGCCUGGAGUCCGAUGCAUUUAACAACCCCAUCCGAUUCCCCUUCGCAUUCACCUGGCCGGGAACGUUCUCGCUGAUCAUCGAAGCUCUGCACGCAAAUCCCACUGACGACCUUAGCACAGCAGAUAAUCCCGACCGUCUCAUCAGCCGUCUCGCCACUCAGAGGCACCUCGCGGUGGGCGAUCAGUGGACUCAGGACGUUCACAUCAGCGGCAGAACCGAACUCAAGUACUCCUAUCGCUUCGUCUGCGACGAGCACUAUUACGGGGAGGGCUGUUCGGCCUUCUGCCGACCGAGGGACGACGCCUUCGGGCACUUCAGCUGCGCCGAGAAGGGCGAGAAGAUGUGCAACCCGGGCUGGAAGGGCGUGUACUGCACUGACUCAAUCUGUCUUCCCAGUUGUGAUGAGCAACAUGGAUACUGCGACAGACCUGGAGAAUGCAAAUGUAGAGUUGGAUGGCAAGGUCGCUAUUGUGAUGAAUGCAUUCGCUACCCAGGGUGUCUUCAUGGCACAUGUCAACAGCCAUGGGAAUGUAAAUGUCAGGAAGGCUGGGGUGGCCUCUUCUGUAACCAGGACUUGAACUACUGUACUCACCACAAGCCUUGCAAGAAUGGAGCCACAUGCACAAACACUGGUGAAGGAAGCUACACCUGUUCUUGCCGUGUUGGAUUCACUGGUACCAACUGUGAAAUCGAGAUCAAUGAAUGUGAUUCCAACCCCUGCAAAAAUGGCGGAAGCUGCACGGAUCUGGAGAACCGUUACACUUGUACUUGCCCACCUGGGUUCCAUGGUAAAAACUGUGAAUUGAGUGCAAUGACAUGUGCUGAUGGGCCCUGUUUUAAUGGAGGAAGAUGCACAGAUAAAUUGACUGGUGGCUAUAACUGCCUCUGUCCCACGAGCUACUCUGGCUUCAACUGCGAGAAGAAAAUUGAUCACUGCAGUUCAAACCCAUGCACUAAUGGUGCUCAAUGUCUGGAUGUUGGGAACUCCUAUCUAUGCCAAUGCCAUGCUGGCUUUACAGGAAGAAACUGUGAUGUUGAUGCUGAUGACUGUGUAAAUUUGCCUUGUCUCAAUGGUGGGGUAUGUCGGGAUGGAAUCAAUGAUUAUACCUGUAACUGCCGCCCAGGAUUUAGUGGCAAGAAUUGCAGUGCAUCAGCCAACUUGUGUGAAAACAACCCUUGUCACAAUGGUGCGACUUGCCACAAGAGAAAUAAUCACUACGCCUGCCAGUGUGCACGUGGAUAUGGUGGCAUUAACUGCGAGUUCCUGCUUCCUGACUCACCUCAAACUGUUAUUGUGGACGUACCGGACAGCAAGGGACAAUUCCCGUGGGUUGCAGUGUGUGCUGGAAUUAUUCUAGUUCUCAUGCUUCUGUUGGGAUGUGCAGCAAUUGUGGUCGGUGUUCGAGUUAAAAGACAGAAGAGCCGUCACCAGCCUGACAUCUCCAAGAGUGAAAUGGAGACCAUGAACAACCUUACUGACUGCCAUCGUGAAAAAGACAUCUCCAUUAGUAUCAUCACUGCCACGCAAAUCAAAAACACAAAUAAGAAAGUGGACUUGCAAUGUGACAGCCCUGCAGAGAAAAAUGGUUAUAAGGUUAAAUACCCUUCAGUGGAUUACAAUCUGGUGCAUGAGCUAAAGAAUGAAGACUUUCUCAAAGAUGAAAGGAAUGAUGCCAGUGAUCCAGAUGUGGAGGCCAAAAGUGCUGUACAGCAUAAUGGAGAACCAUCGGAAAGAAAACGACCAGAAUCCACAUACUCUAAUUCAAAAGCCACAAAGUAUCAGUCGGUGUAUGUCAUAUCUGAAGAGAAGGAUGAAUGUAUAAUAGCAACUGAGGUGUAAAAUGGAAGUGCCAUGGUGAUGUGGUUCUCUUGCUGAGGAAAUUCGUUCCAGUAAUUGCUGCUCAGAAAAGUGAUUGAAAUUAAACUGGUUCUCGACAAGAAAACACAAAGGGUGGACGGUAGGCCAGGACCUGUGCUAACGGAUGCCUGUUGCACUGCCUUUGAUGGCUCUCUUUAUCCAUUGCACUAUGGACAAACAGUUGCUUCCUGUAUUCUGUACAUGGGCUCGAUGCCUAAAUUGAAAGCCUGCACUGCCUUGAGUGUAAAUCAGGAGUUGUACGAGAAGCUGUUCUUGAGAUGCAAGCUGCCUCUGAUGUAUUCUUAUACUGGAGAUGCAAACACUGCCUCUGAUGCCUUUUUUUUUUGGACACUGAAAUAUUUUCUAAUGGGUCAGAAAAAAGAUUUCAAACUCUGAAAUAUUUUUCAAAAUAUUUGCAGUUGGCAGUUCUUGAAGUUCAUUUGCAUAAUUUAAUUUCUGGUAAAUAUGUAAAAAAGGCACUUCAGUUCCAUGUCUAUUUUGUACAUAAUCGUAUUUAUAGAAAGACAAGUGGAAAAUUAUUGGAGUUGUUUGUAUUACUGUUUUGUUACUGAAGAAAGUUGUUUUAUAAAUAUUUUUUCUAAAUAAAAUGAAAUGAAGUUUCU